CGUGCGCGUUGUGACUGAACACAGGAAGAAGACGGAUGCGUGACGACAUGAAUAAGUGACUACGUUACAUUGAGUGUGCUACAUGACCAUACAACAGGACUAUGCGUGACUGAAGCUACGAUUCCUUUCAUGUCUUAUACGUUGACGUGUUAGCUGACGUUGUGCCGCUCGGUUCUGAGGAUAUUUGGUGGAAUCGUUGGCGCGAACAAAACUUUGAAAGAGUUGGACACGUCCUGUCCAACAUGUCCAACAUGUCCAACAUGGGCAGCCAGGGCACAGGACGGAAAAGAAGCAGCAACAAGGACAGAAGUACAGCAGAGGACGAUGCUUUAAAUCUUAUAGCUAAAGAGGCUGAGGCCAGGCUGGCAGCAAAAAGGGCAGCUAGAGCAGAAGCCAGAGAGAUCCGCAUGAGAGAACUUGAAAGACAACAAAAAGAGAUCUUUCAGGUACAGAAGAAAUAUUAUGGCUUGAACACCAAAGUAGAUGACAGAGUGGACGACAAAUGGGGAGAUAUUGAGCAAUGGAUGGAGGACAGUGAGAGAUACUCACGCCCCUCACAGGUGCACACGCUUUCAGAUGACGAUGAGCGCUUGUCAGUGGGAAGCCGAGGCAGUGUCAGGUCGGAUCUUGAUUCAGUUUAUGGGGCAGGGGGCUCAUCUUUGGUCCCGCAUAAGAAGUCCAAGAAAAAGAAGAAACAUAAGCAUAAAGAUAAAGAUAGGAACGGCUAUGAUGAUGAGUACGGUGUCGUGUCCAGCAGGAGUUCAAGACUGAGUGACGAUAGCAGGGUCUCACGUUCAUCCAGGGGAGACCUGUUGGCAUCUUAUGCUUCCUCUAACUUGUACAGCCUCAAUGGUCUGUCCUCCACCAGGAACACAGGUUCAACUGGUGCGUACCAGAGCGCCUUAUAUGAGGACAAUCACUGCUCCGGGUCGCAGCGAGUCACUGGCUCUGGCUCCCAUUCUUUAGAAUACAGUAGCUUCCACCGCUCCAACUCCAGAACCUCCAGCAGGGCCAAUUCAGCCCGUGCCAGCCCAGUGGACAACUGUGGUUCUGUUGCCAGUUAUUUAAGAAGCGCAGCCAGUAGCGGUGGCCUCCCCAGGGAUCUGGACGAUGUUACUAUUCCUGAUUUUUCUGAUGUAGAUGACAAGGAUUAUCUUGAGAAAGGUUCCAGAGCAGCCUCUGCAUUAACAGCAACAACUCUCACAUCCCUCGGUGGAUCUUCCUCACGGAGAGGAAGUGUAGACACUGCCAUAACUGUGGAUGCUGAGACUGCCGUGAGAGAAAUAAAGGAAAUUCAUGAACUGAAGGAUCAAAUUCAAGAUGUGGAAUCCAAGUACACACAGAACCUAAAAGAAGCCAAGGAUGCAUUGACAGAGGUGGAAGAGAAGUAUCGUAAGGCAAUGGUAUCCAACGCCCAGCUGGACAAUGAGAAGAACAACCUCAUGUACCAGGUGGAUACGCUGAAGGACUCUCUGAUGGAACUAGAGGAACUCCUGUCUGAGUCCCGGCGGGAGUAUGAGGAGAAGGUCAAGGAAUUUGAUCGAGAGAAGCAUGCCCACGGUGUGCUUCAGUUCCAGUUGGCAGCCAUGAAAGAAACACUGAAACAAAGUGAGGAGCUGCUAAAUGAGAUCCGUCAGUUGCGUAUGAAACAAGACGGUUUUACUAGAGAGAUAUCUGACCUACAAGAAACAGUGGAGUGGAAGGAUAAGAAAAUUGGGGCUUUAGAGCGACAGAAAGAAUACACUGACGCAAUCCGAAUUGAGCGAGAUGAGCUCAGAGAAGAGGUUGUGAAGCUGAAAGAUAUUCUAAAGAAACAUGGAAUAGUACUGGGACCUGAUAUGAGCAUCAACGGCAGUGCUGGUGAGACAGAAACAGAAGUCAGCACCAGUGGAGACUCUGCUCCCCAACCGGCUCAGGAUUCGUCCACUUUCCCAGCAGAGGGGAACAGCAUGCUCGGAAGCUCAGUGGAGACUCAGUUGAGAAGUAGUGGAAAGGAAGAGGUGGAUCAAGAGCAGCAUCAAGACGUGUUUGAGGAAGCCCAGACCAGUCAUUUCAGCUCUGAUAGGCUCUCUAAUACUGUUCACGCAUCUUUAGUAGAAUCCUGUAGCACACAACAGUCCACAGAAGAACAGAAAAUGCCACUCAAAGACGUCAAUGGUGGCAAAAGUCUGGAAUGGCAGGCUGAAGCUGAUGAACUUGCAGUCACAAAAGACUGUGAUGAACUAGUUCUCAGCUCUGAGUUCGAAGAAAACACAGAUAAUGGAAAUGAGCCACAAGUCAACUCAGAUUUAGAAGACAGAGUAGCAACAACCAAAGAUAUUGAAGACAACUCCACCACCAUCUUUGAGGAGAAGCCAAACAAACACAAAACCAUAGACGAAAGUCUUUCGACAAAAACACAUUCAUAUCUACAAGACGUCAACCAUUCUGAAUCAUGUUCCGAAGAAGGACAUGUAAGAGAUUUAGAAUCAUGUCCCCCGGAAGAUGUCAUUAAUUCAGAACCAUGUCCCCAAGAAAAUGUCAACAAUUCAGUAUCAUGUACACAAGAUAUCAAAGAUUAUGAAUCAUGUCCCCAAGAAAAUGUCAACAAUUCAGUGUCAUGUACACAAGAUAUCAAAGAUUAUGACUCAUGUCCCCAAGAAGAUGUCAAAGAUUCAGAAUCAUGUCCCCAGGAAAAUGCCAAAGAUUCUGAAUUAUGUACACGAGAAGAUGUCAAAGAUUCAGCGUCAUGUACCCAAGAGAAAUAUAUAAAAGAUUCUGAAUUGUGUCCCCAGGUAGAAAAUCUCAAAGACUCAGAGUCUGAGUCUGUCCCAGGUGUAUCAAAUACUGAACUUCAAUGUGAAACUGAAAAUGCUGAGGCAAACAAUGAUGACGUUGAAGAAAUACAAAUAAAGGCUCCACUUGGAGGUGCUAAUGCUCCUCUGAAAAAGAAGAAAAAGAAGAGGAGAGGCAAAAAGAAAGGAGGGUCCCUUGAGGAAAGAAAUCAACCAAAGGACAAUAAGGAAGCUGCUAGAACAUAUCAAGAAAGCAUCCAACCAGAAGCAGUUUCAAAGGAUGAUGGGUCAGGCACCGAAUGUAGUAGUGAAGGUCGCAGUUUUAAACACAUUAAAGAAUCAUCCACAGAUCAGGUUACCAAAGACAUCGAUCAGCAACAUACUGCUGAACAAGUGGAACAUAUUGAAGCCUCAUAUUUUGAACAACCAAAUAAAUCAAAGAUGGAUCAAGUUAGUGGUGAAUGGAAUAAUGAACAGCAUUGGAAAGUAGAGAAGGAACCAGGUAUGGAUCAAGUUGUGAAAGAGACAGACUGGCAAAAUGCUGAUCAAGCAGAUUUCGCACAAUUAGAACACAACGAAACCUCAAAUAUUCAAAACCCUAAAGAGUCAAUGAUGGAUCUAAUGUUGAAUGCAGAUGAACGAAAUAAUGAGCAGAAUUUGGAAGCAGAUAAAGUAAAGAUAGAAGAAAACAUUUCUCUCACUUUGCAACUCAGUCAGACACAAAGUCACCACAGUGCAGACAAACAGUGCUUGAAACAAACUUGGGAAUCUGUGAAAGUAGAGGUUCCAGAGUUCAGUGGAGCGGAUGUUCUUGUUGACUUUGUUAGUAGCAACACCUCCACAAGCCUUGACGGAGUUGACGUUUUAGAUGACAUGGCAACUAUAGAUAUUGUCAAAACUGCUCCUCUUGAGCCUGAUGACCAUUCUGAAAGUAAAAAUCACUUGUCUGUGACUAUGGACUCUACUGCCCAAUGCCCAGAGGCACCAUCUAAGCCGUCUUCUGCCACUGACUCCAACAGUGACAUGCUCAUUGGGUUGUCUGACAAAGGUGUGCUAGAGAAAACUUCUACAAGCCAAAAGGAUGAACAGCCAGAAGCAGAACGCGUAGAAAGAUCAUUUUCCUCUGAAAAUCCUAAUGAUGGGUCAGUCGAAAAACCAAAACUGUCUGAAAGUAAGAAGGAAAAUGAAUUGUUAGAUUUAGUCAAGUCAGAGAACUCCUCAAAUGACCUUGACAAAGUUGGGACCCUUGUGGAGACUCAGGCUGAACAUUUUAUGGAAAGGCAGACAUUGCUGUAUGAAGAUCAGAUGGAUGCUGCUGCCUCAGACAUGGAGGUGCAGACACAAAGUUCUCCAGAAGAUGCAGGACAUUACAUAAGUCCCCUGAUUGUGCAGCGGCUUAGCAAUGAGCAAUUAUCCUCUGCAGGUAAUCUUGAGGAGCACAAAAAUGGCCAAAGUGACCGAAAAAGUCUUACUGUGCAGCCACUGCAGGAAUCCACAGCUGAGACCAAUAACAUAAGUCAACCGUACGAGCAGGACAAUGAGGAGCAAAUCGAAGAAGAUGAGGAAGGGCAGUCCUUUGAUUUUGAUGACAUAAACACAGAUGUAGCUGUAGAAAUACAGACCAUUGAACAUUCACAGCAGGAGGAAGUUGAGGUGGGUGUUGAUGUCCUGUCAGAUGACAACAGUGAUGUGUUGGUGCAGAGUUCAACAAAUAUUGAAAUAGUACAAGAAAAUUCCCAAGGGAAGCCAAUGGAUGGUGAGGUGUGUGCAGAUGUAGCUACAGCAGACAAAAACUUGGAUGUGGUGGCUUUGGUUCAAGUGGAAGCUUCAUCUGAAAAAAGUGUGGAAGAGCAGGAGGAAAAGAUGCAGCCACAGAAGAUGGAUGCAAUGGAUGAGCAAAGCUUUGUUGCAAAAGACAGACAACCUUCCAAAGCUGGGGAGUUUGGUGUUCUAGAAAACACAAGUGAAGACCAAUUCCACCCUCAGGCAGCAUCUUUACCAGUAGAAGAAGCGUUAAAUGUUGUUGAACAACUGCAUGAAGAUUUAAGUGCAACCCAAGUGGGCGGCAACAGAGUGACACCUCCCUCCGGAAAAGAUGAGAAGAGAAAUAGCAAGAAAGGCAAAAGCAAGGGCAAAGAUGACUGCAAGAUGACUUAGCUUACAAUUUCAAAUAAAAAUUCUUUUGAUUAA